CAUGAGAAUCAACUACGAUACCGUGGUUUAAAAUUGGAUCGGAAUGAACCCAAUAGUUUGACGUAAGAUGUUUUUGCGUGUCGGUAAAUCGACGUGUGUAAAUAACAAUGGUAAAAAUUUGAAGUUCAAUUCGACAUGAUGCAACAACAAUCCAAUACGUGGUUGUCAAUCAGCACCGAGUUUCCUCUUGAGUUAUAAUCAGCCCAGAAGUUAUUCCAAUUCCUGACAAUUGAUAAGAUUCCAAUGGACUCUGGUAAUAAAUUAGCAUCCGUACUUAUUUCAUGGAGCACAUGGUUUCACUGUUCCAUUUUAUCUACAAGAGAGGCAAAUAUAACAUAGCAUAACCCACUGCAACUUAUCUUGACCCAACUCUUCACCAAGUGUAAUUCAGUAAUACACGUAUUACUACGCACAUAAUUUGAACAUCAUCAUGAGGUACCAGGGAAUGCUUUUCAUCAUCGCCACCUUUGUACUGUGUAGUCUCACUCAACAUUUGUCUAAGACUGACAGUACAGAUCUUAUUCAAGAACCUGAUGAUCCGUUGCUUCUGAUUUCCACGCUCAGUGGGACAUUUAUAGGCAUUGGUCAGCGAUCAGGAAAAAUACGCUGGCGUCAAGAUGAUGAACCAGCGGUUAAAGUUCCAGUUGAUGUCUCUGAAACUGUCAUGCCGAUGUUUUUACCAGACCCAAAGGAUGGGUCCCUGUAUGUGUUUGGGGCCGAAUCUGAAGCCUUAAAAAAGCUACCAUUUACCAUCCCGCAGCUAGUGGCGAGUAGUCCGUGCCGAAGCAGUGAUGGAAUAUUGUACACGGGUAGGAAGACCGACACUUGGUUCAGCAUCGAUCCUCACACAGGAGAGAGGGAACAUCUGCUAGGUUUUGACAAAGUGGAACACACCUGUCCUGUCAAAGUCCAAGACGCAGUAUUCGUCGGCAGAACCGAAUACAAUAUUAUGAUGGUUGAUAGCAAACAGAAGGACCGAAAAUGGAAUGUCACUUUUUAUGAUUACUCAGCUGCUAAAAUGAAGCCUGAGGGAACAGACAAUUAUGAACUCGUACACUUUAGUACCAGUUCCAGUGGUCGGUUAGUGACCUUGGACCGGAGACUGGGUGUAGCAUUGUGGGAACUGGAUUUGGAAAGUCCAGUUGUUGCUGUGUACACCGUCAAUGACGAUGGUCUGGUAUCUGUACCGUUCACAAGUGUUGCUGACGAUACUUUGGACCAUUUGCUCAAAAGAUUUAUUGCCAGACCCAGCGAUAUUCAAUUGUAUCCAACGCUGUAUGUGGGUGAACAUAGGCAUGGAUUAUACGCUUUGCCUUCUCUGGUUGAUUCGAUGAGUGCUACAUUGACUACAAAGGCCGGUCAUUUGCUGAUAGAUGGACCAUUGGUGUUACCGGUGAACGCUGAUAACGACGCUGACUUGUCAGCAGGGAAUAGCAUUCCAAUAGCUCAUAUUUCGGAUUCUGAUAACGACUCCCAGAGCAUUCCAGAACAGAAAGGCGUAAUCGUAUUAGGUCAUUACCAAGUACCGCCCGAAUAUCAAGUCCAAAAUCAGCCAUUGCAGAUUACGGGGCGAUCAGACCCCAUAAUUCAAAGUAGUCCACCGAAUCUUAACGGAACAAAGAAACUAACGGUGGCUGUUCAAACGGAAAAUGAUACCACCGUUGAGAACAAGGGAUUACGCAAGACUGUGGGUUCAGUUUACAACGUCACUAAACUUUGGCUUAAUCAACAGGAAAAUAAAGGGCUGAAGCUCGCUUUGAUAAUAUUAGUGGGAUGUGUAAUAGCCAUGUUCUGGUAUUUGAAUGCUCAGUUCAAGGAAUUUCAGCAGUUAUCCCAGGGUUCGCGAGAAAACAGCCGUACAAGCAGCAACGGCAAAGGAGUCAGUAACAUCGUACCCGAAGAUGUUGGCGAAGGGUCGGUCAGAGUGGGAAAGAUCACUUUCAGUAUCGAAGAGAUUUUGGGAAAGGGGUGCGAAGGCACAUUCGUCUACAAAGGGGAAUUCGACGGUCGUUCGGUCGCGGUGAAGCGCCUGCUACCCGAGUGUUUCACGUUCGCUGACCGAGAGGUAGCACUGCUCAGAGAAUCGGACGCUCAUCCGAAUGUCGUGCGAUAUUUUUGUACGGAGCAGGACAGGAUGUUUCGUUACAUUGCUCUGGAGUUGGCGGAAGCUACUUUACAAGAUUACGUGGCGGGGAGAUAUGACGUGGAAAAAAUAUCUGCCAAAGAGAUCUUGCGUCAAGCUACCGCAGGACUCGCGCAUCUUCACUUUUUGGACAUAGUCCACAGAGACAUCAAACCCCAUAAUGUAUUGCUUUCCGUACCCGGACCCCGCGGAGAAGUUAGAGCCAUGAUAUCCGACUUUGGCCUCUGUAAAAAACUGCAGCUGGGUCGCAUGUCCUUCUCAAGGAGAUCUGGUAUUACGGGAACAGACGGGUGGAUCGCACCCGAGAUGCUUAGCGGGGAAAGAACCACCUGCGCGGUCGAUAUAUUCUCGCUUGGUUGCGUUUUCUAUUACGUUCUAUCCGGCGGAAAACACCCGUUCGGAGACCCUUUGAGGAGACAGUCCAACAUAUUAUGUGGGGAGAGCAAUCUGACAGCUUUCCAAGGAAUUUCUCAAAGCGACAGAGACUUGGCUUUAGUUUUGAUCAGAGCAAUGAUCGCCGACAGCCCAGCUGAACGGCCCCCUGCCAUAGCUGUCUACGAACAUCCAAUUUUUUGGAGUGCUGCACAGAUUUUAGGAUUUUUCCAGGACGUAAGCGAUAGAGUAGAAAAAGAUGAUCCGGACAGUCCAGCCCUUCGUGCUCUGGAAUCCGGAGCGUCUAGAGUAGUUCAAGAAGACUGGCGGUUGCACAUAGACGUAGAAGUUGCGACCGAUCUUCGAAAGUACAGAAGUUAUCGCGGUGAGAGCGUGAGAGAUUUACUCCGGGCUCUGAGGAACAAGAAACAUCACUACCGGGAAUUGACUCCGCAGGCUCAACAAAGCCUGGGAGAAAUCCCGGUCGAGUUCACGGGAUAUUGGCUGUCAAAAUUUCCAGCUCUCUUAUGUCACGUGUGGUGUGCGAUGCAGGAUUGUCGCGACGAGCCAACGCUCAGACACUAUUACGAUUCGAACUUUCGAUUCCCCUUCAACUUUGACAGUUCAGACAUUCCACAGAAAUCAGAAUCGGCGUCCGUGCCAUCCUGGAGGAUACGUGACACCGUCGAUUGGAGUCCCAACCGGGGAAGAUUUCGGGGGCAGAAAAAAAGGCAAGAGAGGCGAAAGCCGGACGAACCCGUUCCCUGGACGUUACCUCCUGCGAGUUAAGUAAUAGGAAUUUUAAUAAUCUGUUGUUAACGACAUAGAGUAAUUUUCUUUGCAAAAGAAAAAACGUAAUCAUUGACGAACUAGGUUUAAUAUUUAUAAAAAUCAAUCGUUGAAAUCAAAAUUUGUCCGUCUGGGAACCGUCUGAUAUUUCACGUUCAAAACGUUUGCAUUUCAGAAGGGGUAAUAUAAGAACACAUUAAAUGUACCAAUGAGCAGUGCCAAAAUUUCACUACUGAGUACAUAUAUAUCUAUUUUUUUUUUUUGUUUGUUUAAAAAACCUGAAUUCUGAAUUGGAAAAUCUUCAUUCUUCAAUAGUGGUUCUUUAUUAUAAAGUAAAUAUUAGAAAAAAAUCACCAGAAUUUCUGUGAUCGAGUGUAGUGUAUUUUUAUACUCAUGUUCGUUGUACAUUGUAUCGUU